AUGUCGACGCCGACCACUGCUACUGCUACCCUGCCACCCCAUUCCCAUUAUCACAACCCCCAUCAUCACUUCCCAUACUAUUCCUCAAACCCGUCCGCCUCGUACCGUUCCGCCGCCAACCAACUCCUGCCCCCGACGAGCCGUGUCGCUCCAUCAUACUCCACCUCCGCCUCGAGUUACGCCCCUUCCACCAACACGCAGACCUCGGCCACCGCGAAUGGGUCUUCCUUCUCCAGUGGCUCUUCUCUAGCCCGACCACACCGACAAGACUUGGACCUGCCUGCCAUACUCGAGCACAACAAUUACACCACCAUGCCCGCCUCCAAGGCACGGCCUGCCAACGGCUCGCCCGACUCGCGGAAGAGGAGACGACAGAGCCCCGUCGACUGGAACAAGUUCUACGGGGGCCAGGUCCCAAAGGAGAUCAUUGUCAUUGACGACUCUCCCGGUCCCGACAGUGCUGCUGUCUCGGCCCUCUCGGCCUCGCAGACCUCCACCAACGGUGCUCCCGCAUACUCCUACGCCAACCCCGUCAACGGCGGUCCCGUGGCUGCCAACACAUCUGCCGCCCGCCACGCCCCUAAGAGGCGGAAACGGGACGACGACGCACCUGCCGGCUCCGGUACCCGAUACGAUCCUGUCCACCACAGCCGUGUCAACGGCUCAACCACCACCCCCCACCAGAACGGAGCGACACCUUCUGCCUCCACAAUCUCCUCUAGUGACAGGACCAACUCGGCCAUACACACCACUGCUGCCACGUCCCUCGGGUCAUUAUCCUCCAACAGCCAAUACGACCAUGACGUUCAGCCCGGCAAUAAGAGGAAGCGGACUCGACAGCAGGUCGCCAAUGAGGUCAAGCGUAGGGAAAAUGCCAUCAUUGGGCGCGCCUAUCCCAGUUACCAUCCUCCCCCACAGCCGCCCAAGAAGGCUGCCGAUGUUCACGUCCGAGUGAUCCCCGACUCGUACAAGAGCGGCACUGUUGAUGACAGCGACGGACAUUACAUUGUCGUUCCAGAUGCGGAGCUGACGGAUAACUACCAAAUGAUCAAGAUGCUUGGACAGGGAACAUUCGGAAAAGUGGUCCAAGCUCGCGACCGAAGGCGAAACGAGCUUGUUGCCAUCAAAAUUAUUCGUUCGGUGCAAAAGUACAGGGACGCCUCGAGGAUAGAGCUCAGGGUCCUGGCGACGCUCAAGGCGAACGACGCAGAAAACCGCAACAGGUGUAUCCAUCUGCGCGAUUGCUUCGACUACCGGGGCCAUAUCUGCAUUGUCAUGGACCUGCUGGGCCAGAGUGUCUUCGACUUCCUCAAGGGAAAUCAAUUCGUCCCUUUCCCCAACAGCCAGAUCCAGAGUUUUGCGAGACAGCUUCUGACCAGCGUCGCUUUUCUGCAUGACUUGAAUCUGAUCCACACCGAUUUGAAGCCUGAGAAUAUCUUGCUCUAUGACAGUGCCUAUCAGACAUUCACCUACAAUAGAAAGAUACCAUCCUCGUCGGCCCAAGUCAGUCGCAAUGCCACCCAGCGACGGGUUCUUUUGGACACAGAGAUCCGGCUGAUCGACUUCGGAUCCGCUACUUUCCAGGACGAAUACCAUUCCUCGGUGGUGUCCACUCGACACUAUCGAGCACCAGAGAUCAUCCUCGGGCUUGGAUGGUCGUUCCCUUGCGAUAUCUGGAGCAUUGGCUGCAUACUGGUUGAAUUCUUCACCGGCGAUGCGUUGUUCCAGACCCACGAGAACCUAGAACACUUGGCCAUGAUGGAGAAUGUCGUGGGCUCAAGGAUCGACAGCCAUUUGGUCACACAAGUCAACAAGAUGACAAGGAAUGGUGGCAACCCAGCCUCCAAAUACUUCAAGAGGGGGCGAUUGGACUACCCUGUUGCCGAGACGACUAGAGCGUCGCGUCGGUUUGUGAAGGCCAUGAAGAAGCUGGACGAUAUCAUUCCCAACAACACCCCUUUCUUGAAAAACUUCAGGGACCUUUUGAAGAAAAUCUUCGUUUAUGACCCCGCCCAUCGCAUCACGGCCAAGCAGGCCCUGCAACACCCUUGGUUCAAAGAGACAGCCCACCCUGACGACGGCACUGAAGCUGCCAAGAUUAAAAUGGAACGGCUGCGGGCAAGCCAGGGGCUGUCAUCAGCACGCAGCAUGCAUGCCUGA